CUUUAAGAUGUAAAAAUUUGAAGGAAAUGAAUUUCAUUGAAACUGCUGGGUCAGACUGUUACUGCUACAACCCAGAUUCUCAAGUGCACUGGACGUAUAUGUGGUCAACUCUGCAGGUGAACAUCAGCAGUCCAGUCCUCCUUAGUAUUGUAUAUAUCACAGAAAGACAUAAUUGCCGGUAUCCAGAAACAAUUCUAUCUGUUAUCAAAUGUAUAAUCCAUAACUUUUGGACACCAAAGGAGUCUAAUAAUGUAAUGAUAACCAUCAGUCCAUACAAGGAGACUGUGUGCUUCAUGGUGAAGCCCAGCAAGAAGGGCUUUGUCUAUGCAAUAAGUGUGAAUCGAAACAUUGUGGAUUUCAAACUCUUCCUUGUGUUUGUGGCAGGCAUUGUCCUUUACUUUUAUGCAAAGACCUUGAGCCAAAGCCCCAUUUUCUAUUACUCCUCAGGGACUGUGCUAGGUGUUGUAAUGACGUCAGUCUUUAUCCUGCUAUUGGUGAAAAGAUACAUCCCAAAGUAUAGCACCUUUUGGGCUUUAAUGGUUGGUUGUUGGUUUGCUUCAGUUUAUGGUAUAUACCAAUUCAUGGAAGAGCUGAAGUGGCUGUGGUACAGAAACGGAAUAUAUAUAUUCGGCUAUGUCCUGGUAGUUGCAUUUUUAAGCUUUGCUGCCUGUUACAAACACGGGCCCCUUGAGGCCAGGAGCAGAACUCUCCUGAAGUGGACGCUGCAGUUGCUCUCCCUGGUCCUGAUCUACGCUGGCGUGGCAGUGCCGCUGUUCGCCUACACCGUGAUGUUCGUGCUCCUGUGCUCCCCGAGUCUGCCCUACACCCUGAAAACUCUGAGCUGUCUGAAGCGGAGAGCAAAGCAGUGGUUCACAUCGAAGUGGCCAGUGGCGAAACACCUCACUGAGGACGAGUACAGGGAGCAGGCUGAGGCAGAAACAGCCCGAGGUCUGGAGGACCUGCGCCAGGCCUGCCGCCAGCCCAACUUCCCGACGUGGCUGGCCGUCUCCAGACUCCAGGACCCUAAAAAAUUUGCAGACUUUGUUCUUGGAUCGAGCCACUUGUCGCCUAAGGAGGUGAGUCUGCACGAAGCGCAGUAUGGCCUUGGAGGCGCCUUCCUGGAAGAGCAGCUUUUUACCUCGCGCCCGGAUGGGCUCCCUGCGCAUUGACCUGACGCUGGCGCGGACGUGGGCAAAGGGCAAGGGUGCUGCUGAGAAGCAGCAGCUGUGGAGAAGAAGCAGCCACACUGGGAAGGAAAAUGGCCCAGGCUGUAAAGGACUUAGUGUUUGCGGCAAGUUCUGCCACCUGCUGUACGGGAGGCAGACGCCAAGCUUCCGUGACAGUCAUUGCCCCCUGCCCUGAGUGAGGCUUUCCUUAGCAACAAGGAAGUCAUGGUGCCUGCCAAGGGACAGCAAGUGUGACAGGUGCCUUGUAACACCAGGCACUUAUCCUCUCUUAAUCCCCUGAACCUGUGUCACAAGACGGCAUUCCUCCCCCUGCACUUCAUCAGUAUCAGUGCUGGGGGAGGCGUGGGACAGGCUGUUUCCGUGUUUUGUACACAAUUCUGGUGUGGGCCAGGGAUUCAGAGGUCAGCACAGAUUGGGGUAAGGUUAAUCGAAUCUACUGCAGGACCUCUCAGAGCCUUGACGCUGGUGUACACUGUGGCUCUCAUCAAAGGGAAAAAUCGUGGACGGUUUCUGACCGAAUGUGACCACAGUGGCCUCUUUUAUGAAGUUAAUAUUCCUUGGAACACAUCAUUGGAAAAUGCUACCUGAUGGUAGAAUUGCAGUGUGGAGAAGGUAAACAACUUGUGGAGCACAGAGCUAAGCAGAGGCAGCGCUGGCAGAACUCCAGUCCGGGGCGUCCCCUCGCUCUGAGAGAGAGAAGCCGUCUUCAGACCCUCGCUGAGGGCUGGCCCUGCCGCCCGGGGCCGUGCAGUGUUGGCUUCCUUUUUAUUUUUUACUGUUCAGCAGUGACCAUCGGGCUAUUUAACAACUGUGAUAAAGAGAAACAUUCCUUAAGAUUAUAUUUUAUAGUUUUGAUAGGACUUCUACAUACAUUCAUAAAGUCCAGAAGUUACAAUUAUUUUUUAUAUGUUGAAAUUGAAGGCAUUUAAACUUUUGAGUCAUUUUUAAAAAGUUAUUUAGCUAUACAUGUUUGUAAUGAUGUCCUACAAAAUAGAUGUGUGAUAUUUUUUACACAAUUCUGUUUUGUUUCUUAACUCCUGAUGUUAUUAAACUCCAGAGCAAAAUAAGGCCUGAAUUCUGACCGGGAGGAAAGGAGUCCAAAAUGGGUCUGGGGUGUGAACACAGAAGAAUGAUCUGUGGGCUGAGAUGUAGCUGAAUUGAUUCUCCGAGAAUCCAGCUCAGGCGUUUUUCUGAUGGGGUCACGAAGGAUGAGGAAUUUCUCUUAUUAAGAGAACAGUCCCGGGGGAGGGACCUAUGGGAAAUCUUGUCACUGUUGAUUUCCUGAGCCAGAUUUAGUAGCGCUUUUUCACCUUGUUAGAGUGCUGCUACUCAGAACUUGCUAGAUUGAUUUUCAAAUGCUGUUUCCCCUUUGAGGCAGUAUGUCAGUUUUUAUAGUUCUGCUUUUGCAAGACAUCUUUUAAUACUGGGAGCCUUGCUUUUUUUUCUUUUACAAACCUCACUAAAUUCACUUUGUGUCUUUUUAUAGGCUGAUUUUAAACAAUCAGCACUUUUAUAAUGACGACUGUUUUACAGGUGUAAACAGCAGUUCUGCAUCAUUUUUGUUACGGUUGAAUCUGAUUUUAUUUUUUAUAAUUAUAUUUAUUGGUGAUGUCAGCGUAUGAGAUACAGCGAUGCUGGUGCUAACCCGACUCGCCUCCUGAGAGGCGCCUGUAUCCUGCACGCUGCGGGUGGGACACGAGUGCCUGCGGGCAGGGGAGCGCCCGGCCCCACGCCAUGCCGUGUGACCACCACAGGCGGAACAGCUCGCGUGGGAGGAGGACAGCCUUCCGGGAUACUGUUUUUCAUGUUUGUUUUUAGGACAGAUCACAGAUUUGCCGGUUCUGUUACAUGAGUCCCGUGGGCAGUGAAACCAUUAAAGGCAUUACUGAUA